CCGUCAGAUUCCGCAAUCCAACGGUGAACAUGCACUCUCAGCGUCAUCUUACAACCAAAUGAAAAAAAAAAGGUAACAGCCUGUGAGGCACAGCAAUUUUCUUUAACUAACAGAAAAUUCUACCAAAUUCGAUAGAAUUUCAAAUUUUGUUAAAUUUAGGGUUUAGAAUUCCUUCAAUUUUAAUUUUAAUGGCUUCUAGCUCUCAUAGAGGCGGCGAUUUCUACGGCGCUGCUUCCUACAGAUCCAGUGAUGGAUUGAGUACGAGGCAAGUAGGUGGUUCAGAUGAGAUACAGUUGCGAAUUGAUCCGAUGCAUGGAGACCUAGAUGAUGAGAUUACAGGUCUUCGCAAGCAAGUAAAACAGCUUAGAAAUGUAGCACAAGAAAUUGAUUCGGAAGCAAAGUAUCAGAAUGAUUUUAUUAACCAACUGCAAAUGACAUUGAUCAAGGCUCAAGCUGGAGUAAAGAACAACAUGAGACAGUUGAACAGGAGUAUCAUCUCGGAAGGAUCAAACCAUGUGAUGCAUGUGGUUCUUUUUGCGCUAUUAUGCUUCUUUGUGAUAUAUUGGUUGGCUAAGUUUUCACGGAGAUAAGGGCAAUCUGUCUUUCUAUGCUGGUUUGCUAUUUGCUGGCACAAGUUCUGAUAAAGAAACAAUCUAUUCAAGCCAUCAAACAAAUGCUAAGUAGUGGUGAUUUUUUAGUGAUUCGGGAGGCAAGGAUGCAACUGUAGAAACUCCAAAUAUUAGUCUUGAUGUAAAUUUUUUCUUUAUGUAGAAGCACUGCCGGUUGCUUUUAGUUUAUCCCUUUUUUUUUGGUAAUACUUGCUAUUUGACAAUGACCAUUGGGUGCUUAUCUAAAAAAAUUGUGAUUAUGGUGCAA